AUGGGAUGUUUUGGAGUCCUUGCAGAGCUCUUGUCUCUAUUACUAUGCAUUGGUGCAGUCGUCACAAAUGUCCUUCUUUUACUCUCUUGUGAUCUUUGGAGAGUCGAAUCCUUGCUCUUUGAUGAGGGCAGUUUGGGUCUCUUUUCCUGGAAGGUUCCUGCUAGUAGUCAAAACCACUCGGACCAAGAAUGCACCCCCAUUGUCGCCUCCGAAGAACAAGACUUUUACGAAGGCCAAAUCUUGGUGUGCGCCCGAUGGUCCGCCGUGGCCGCUCUGGCGCUGGGCGGCAUUAUGAUUUUUUUGAUCUUCUUCCAGCAAUACCUCAUUCCAUUCCCCUGCACUCCCUUGCUACGAGACAUUUGUGCCAUUGGGGCUCAAAUAUGCUUGGGAUUGGUCUACGUGACCUACUUUUCCAAAUUGUGCACCGACUUUGAAUGUCAUUACGCCGAAGGUACCUUACUCCUCAUUGUGACCCAAUCUUUGUGGGCCGUCGGGGGUGUCUUGAGUUUGUGCAUGCGUCCCGGACGAUACGCACGAGCUCAAGCGGAAAAGGCGGAAAGCAACAAACCGACCACUGGUUCUGCCAAUGCUGGCAAUGCCAAUGGGAACGGCAAUGCUAAUGGAGAUGCAAACCAUGAGGAUGCCGCCGCCUUGGAAGGAGAAGCCCGGGACACCUUUGAGAGUGGUGGUGCGAAUCAAUUGGAAGCUGGAUUGGCCAAGUACGAAAAGGAUGAUGACGAAGAUGGUGGCAUGUCGGAAACGUCUUCCAUGGCCGUUGGCAUGUCCAUGAACCCCGACGAUGACAAGCCGGAUGGAAGGUUGGAACAAUCCACGGGAUUGGCCAAACAAGAGAAGGAAUCGGCCUUGUCGUCGUAA